CAUGUACAUAUACACAGCAGAUGUUCUUCUAUAGAUAUAUUCAUUCUCAGCCAAGCGGUGGCCUCGUUGGUGCAUUCCCCUUUUUGCGUCAUUUUGUUUCCCGAGAAAAUAGAGCUGUGAUUGUCAUGAACGGAUUUGCUCUCGUAGAAGAAUUUAUUAAGAAAGCAGUAGAACAACACAAGGAAAGCCUCGACCCGAACAGCCCUAGAGAUUUUAUAGAUAUCUACCUCAAUGAGAUUAACAACGAACUCAACAACAACAGCAAAACAAGCUCCACUUUCUCUGAGAAACAGCUGAUUGCAGUUUGUACUGAUGUGUUCAGCGCUGGAGCCGAGACAGGAUCCGCAACUGUGGCAUUUGCUGUUAUGCUCAUGUGCCUCUUCCCGGAAGUCAUGAAGAAAGUGCAAGAAGAGAUUGAUUCCGUUAUUGGGCGAAAUCGUUUUCCCAGCAUGGCGGACCGAACAGACUUGCCCUACUUAGAGGCAACUCUAAAUGAAGUAUUCCGCUAUCGGGGGGCAGCCACCUUCACCGUCCCUCAUAGUGCUAUGCGAGAUACAGUAUUGCGGGGGUACCGAAUCCCAGCUAAAACGAUGGUGAUGAACAACCUGUACAGUGUUCACAUGGACCCGGAAUACUGGGGCGACCCUGAAAACUUCCGUCCCGAGCGCUUCAUCAAUGCCGAUGGAACUUUCCACAAGGACGAGCGAAUGAUUCCCUUUGGCAAAGGUCGACGGCUGUGUCUCGGGGAGCCUCUCGCUCGCAUGACGUCGUUCCUGCUGUUCGCGGCGCUCGUGCAGCAUCUAGACUUCGAGCUCGACCCCGCUGUCCCCGUUACCAACACGGAGGGCGUCGCAGGGUUCACGCUCGGCCCGCCAGAAUUCAGAGUCUUUGCCAAACGCAGAUAUUAAGGGAGAUAUGCAUACACAUUCACUUGAACAUUGGUGUCGAAUCGAAACACCAUUUUUAAACUAGGUUAAAAUUCAGUAAAUUUAUUUACUACCUUGGCUAUAUGCUCAGGAGUGGGCAAUCGUGAUUACAGUUUUACAUAUAUUUGACUACUGUAAUAGUACAUGGUAAAAUAAAUAUAUAAAUAAAAAAUGAUGAAAUGAAACUCUUCACCCCCCUGAACAAGACACUUGCAGGUCUGUUCGAAAUAUAUAUUCUAAUCCAGCUCAAUAAUUUACUCCAGAUGCCAAAGCUUACUAAGUGUUCUAGGAUAACUUCUCUGUUUGCAACGUGCGUGAAAAGCUGACUUAAGGUCAAGAAAAACAGUGUGUUUCCCUGGAUUAGAGCUUGAAAAGUACUCUGCAGAGCAACGUUGUGUACUAUGUCCCGAUAGAAAUCCGUACGGUCUGUGAAAUAAUUUACCUUGUAGCCUGUACUUGAGUCUGUUCAAAAUUAUCCUUUCUAGAACUUUGCAUCCACAUGAGGUUAGUGAAGUCGGGUGGUAUUUAUCAGUGUUUGAUUUCGGUAUAGGGAUGAUUAGACUGUGCGUCCAGGGGCCAGGCAGAAUACCUUGUGACAAACUUAACCUGCAAAGGUGCAAAAGGGGAUUACCACGUACCUGAGCUAUAAGGCGGAGGACACUACAGGUAAUUCCAUCCUCACCUGGGCGGACGCUUUUCCUGUUUUCAGUUCCCACUCAGUAAUCUCAGCAAAGUCAGAAGGGUCGGUAUCAGUACAUCCAAUCUCAAUAGAAAAUUUACGUGCAAUUUUAGACUGACUAAAGUGAUUCUGAAUAUUUCAGGGAAGUGAGCUCAAUUUGAACGCCCCAGCCCAUUGACUAAGGAGCAUAUCUGCUUUUGCAAGAGGACUAUGGAACUGCAGGGUGUUGGUUUGCCCGAGAGUCAUUUUUUCCAGACCUCAAACAUUGAGGUGUUAUUGUUAAUGCUUUUUAGGAACAGUUCAAAGUGUUCCUUUCUGAAACGAGUUUUUAAUUCCAGUAGAUUUGUUUAGCCUUAAGAAACUGAAUAAGCUUGUCACGGGUAUUGCCCUGCUUGUAGAUGUCAAAAAGCUCCUGAACUCGCUUUUAUUCCCUUAAUAGUGUAGGGUCACCUACCGACUUAAGUUGUUUGGAGUUUUGUGAGUUGUUGCUCUUUAAAGUUUUCUUUGGACAGACCCAGGUGUUGUAAUAAUUAGUGGCCACUUUCGUCAUGUUGUUAACACUCGUUAUACUGUAAUCGUUACGCCAGUCAUAAAUACGUGAUUUAAAGUGGUGCUCAAGGUAAGGAGGAAUAUAAAUUUUAAGGCUCUUUAUAUUUGCAUAUUGACUAUUAUCAACAGCGUAUCUCGUUACUAGUGUAAAGUCCACUGAUUAGCUCUGUUGCAAGCAUGCUUCUGACGUUUUCAUGCACAAGAUCCCUUCCCAUUACAUAAUCUAUUCUGCCCCCCGCUAUUGAGUUUCCCUGUCUGUAUCAUAUACGGUCAUAGAUUUAUUGUUCACAAGAAUUCGGAACUCUCCGCCAUUUUCAUUGCAUUGAUUAUCUUCAAAUGUAUAAUGUCUAGCAUUAAAAUCUCCCAUACAUACUGCGCCGUGAUUCUGAAAGUUGGGCGGUGAAUCAGUUUGAAACCUUCUACACCUUGCGUAUACAUUGUACAGAGAGAAAAACCCAGAGGCUGCUCGAAUAUGUAAAUGUUGAUAUUGCAUAUUAUCAUCAGACUUCUGCACCAGCUUAUGCGGUAUAGUGUCACUGCCAUAAGUCAAUAUGUCUGUUAUUCCUAUGUUUGUAUAGGAGUGGUACCCUCUAAUUCCAGGGGCGGUUUUUUAAUUUAGUGACUCUUGUUAACAGAUAACGUCAACAUUAUUGUUAUAAAUAUAGUAAAGCAAGUCAUUAAUUUUACGGUUGACACCAUGAAUAUUCCAUGAAAGAAAAUUCAUUUUCUUGUUCCCCAUCACAUCCUAUGAUUAGCUGAUUGGUCAAAUUUGUGUUUGAUGAAGCCCUUGAAUCUCCAUACGUCUUGUACAGCAUUACCUAUCUGUGUUGCAUCUUGUUUAUUUGCAUCUUGAUUCUCUGCGUUUUCCUCAUAUUGAUAUCAUACGUAUAAUCCAUACCUGAUAUCAUUUCCCAUAGUUCUUUCGUUUCCUGCACAUUGUCGGUGUUAUUUUCACUGUCACUGUCGUCACCGCUUUCAGAUGAUUCGUUGAUGGUAUCAUGUAUAAUAAUAAUAUCAGAGACCUCA